UUCAUGACUCAAGUACCAAGGCGAGUUUUAUGCUGUCAUUCAAAUUAGCAAAGGCCAGCAAGCCUCUGUCUGAAGGCGAGUUUUUAAAAGAAUGUAUGGUGGAGACAGCAGGUGUAUUGUGUCCGGAGAGCAAAGACAAAUUUUAAAAAAAUCAGUUUAUCACGCAGGACAGUGACUCGCCGUGUGGAACUGAUAGAUGAAGAUAUAACCAGCGACUUAAAUAAAAAGGCAGAGUCGUUCACGUUAUAUUCAUUAGCACUGGAUGAAAGCAACGAUGUAAAAGACACUGCUCAGCUCCUCAUUUUUAUCCGAGGAAUUAACAAUACUUUUGAAAUAACGGAGGAGUUUUUGACAAUGGAGUCUCUGAAAGGAAAAACAUGGGGAGAGGACUUGUAUGACCAGGUGUCUGCUGUCAUCGAAAAUAUGAAGCUCUCUUGGAGUAAACUUAUCAACGUCACCACAGAUGGAUCUCCUAAUUUGACGGGGAAAAAUGUCGGCCUGCUGAGGAGAAUACAGAAUAAAGUGAAAGGUGAAAAUCCUGACCAGGAUGUUAUUUUCCUUCACUGCAUCAUCCACCAGGAAUCUCUAUGUAAAUCGGUAUUACAGCUGAAUCAUGUUGUGAAUCCUGUCGUAAAACUUGUCAACUUUAUACGUGCAAGGGGACUUCAGCACCGUCAGUUCAUCACAUUCCUGGAGGAAACUGAUGCGGAUCACCAGGACCUACUUUAUCACUCCCGUGUCCGCUGGUUAAGUUUGGGCAAAGUGUUUCAACGAGUAUGGGAGCUCAAAGAGGAGAUCGGUGCAUUUUUGGAGUUACUGAGGAAGGCCGGCAAAUUUCCUGAGCUGAGCAACAAGAGCUGGCUUUGUUACUUUGCGUUUGCUGUGGAUAUAUUUUCACACAUGAAUGAACUGAACGUGAAGCUACAGGGGAAGGAUCAGUUAGUGCAUGACAUGUACACAAACGUGAAAGCCUUUAAAUCCAAGCUGGCUUUUUCCUCCAGGCAAAUUUCGAAUAAGUUAUUCACUCAUUUUCCCACACUAGCCACGCUGGAAGAGGCCGGCGCAAAUGUGAAAAAAUACAGCGAGUCACUGGAUGCGCUGCACAGAGAAUUCUGCCAUUGCUUUUCUGAUUUUGAAAAAAUUGACAAGUCACUUCAGUUGGUGGCCUGUCCCGUCACAAGAUCCUGAAACAGCACCAGAGGAGCUACAGCUGGAACUGAUCGACCUUCAGUCUGACCCCGUCUUAAAAGAGAAGUUCAACUCUCUUAAACUGAAUGACUUUUAUGCUUCACUUGGUAAAGAGGUGUUUCCAAACCUCCGGAGGACGGCACAGAAGAUGCUGGCGUUGUUCGGCUCGACCUAUUUGUGUGAACAGGCGUACAGCGUCAUAAACAUCAACAAAGCCAGCCACAGAUCCAAGUGAACUGACCAACACCUCAGAUCCAUCCUGAGAAUCGCCACAACAAAACUAAAUCCAGACUUUGAUGCGCUGGCUAAAAAGGGAGACCAACAAC